CAGAAGCCACCCCCAAGGCUAUCAUGAAGAUAAUGGCUGUAAGGGGAUUGACUCUUUACCACUUGAAGAGCCAUUUGCAGAAGUAUAGGAUGAGAAUGCUUUCAGUAAAGGAGGCAACUAGAAGGACAUCCCAACAAGCGGAGAAACAACGCAAAAAAGGAGGAACUUCGUCAUCCUCACUCCCAGAAGAUAAGAAUGAGGUUCACAAAAGUGAAGAGGAAGGGAAGAAUAAAAUUGUGCAUGACUCGGAGGUUGACCCUGCAAUUGUAUAUUUGAAUUUGGAUGAUAAAGGGGAUGAUGAUACAGACAUUGCCAUGGCAACCGUCAACCUCCCUGGGGUCAAUAUUGAGUCUCCAUAGGAGGAACUAGAUGACUGAAUUAUUAGAGUGGUUAUCGAAAAGAAUUAUAGUUUAAAAUAGA